UGUGACGCGCUCCUUUAGUGCUUCUUUUACAAAAUGGACCUCGAUAGGGUCGUAUCAUCGGUGUUAAACUUUAUUAAAUCUCUCUCUUCCCCUGUGCAAAUCAUUGGAUUGCUUAUUAUUGUAAUAAUUGUUCGAAAAAUUGUGCAAUCUAGAUUUAAAAAACCGCCUCCCCCUCCUCGAGAAAAACCGCUCGAACCUAUGAAGAAACGAGACUUCACUCCACAAGAGUUGGUAGAAUACGAUGGUGUGAAGCAAAAGCGUGUCUUGUUAGCUGUCAACGGCAAAGUGUUCGAUGUUACUCGAGGAAAAGACUUCUACGGUCCAGGGGGACCUUAUAGUGUCUUUGGUGGACAUGAUGCAAGUAGAGGUCUCGCAACUUUUUCAGUCGGAAAUGAUGCUGUCAAAACUGAGUAUGACGAUUUGUCAGACCUUAACAGCAUGCAGAUGGAUUCAUUGCGGGAAUGGGAAACACAGUUUUUGGAGAAGUAUGACAUGGUUGGACGCCUGCUGAAACCAGGCGAAAAACACCAACAGUAUGAUGAAUCAGAAACAGAAGAAGAAGAUGGGAAAGGAGACAAGAAAGAACAGUAGAAGCUUGAGAAACAACUGUCUAGGAAUUCAAAGGAUGUAUAAAGAGAAAAACUACGUGAUCAAACUGCGCCAGUGUACACUUAACCCGCUAGUGAUACUAAAGAGAAAUUAUCCAGCGUCCACAAUUAUGUUCAGGAAAUUGACAUUUAUUUUUAACAGUCAAGUGAUGCUUUGCAAGUAAUUGAAAUUUAUUUGUGAAUGUGUUCUGAGGUCAAUUUUAGGAGCUGAGCAACAGGCUAUCUACCCCUCCCUCCCCAGACUAAUGUUUAACCCUAACUUGUUAGCAGCUAAGUUGUUCACUUACUUACAGUGAUCUGUGUUUUGUAUGGUGUUAGUCAUUUUUAAGUAGAGUUUACUUGGCUCAUUCGUCAGUCUGAAGUAAUAAUAAUUUAUUCUUGUUCCCCUUCGUGCUACUGCCUGAGAACAACAAGAACAGGCGAAUGAAUUGAUCAAAAAAUAAUGGUAAAGAAAAAAAAAUUAUUACUUUUAAGAUGUUAGUAAUGUUAUGUUUUAGAAUGCAUGUAAUAUUGUAACCUACAACAUCCCCCAUUUGGUGUAACUGAAUCUACUAGGACACAACAUUUUCCAAGUGGUAAAAGGUUUUAAUAGACCGUGCUAGGGACAAAUACAUGAGUAGGUGUUUGUAUCAAAUGGAAGGAAAACGGAGAGAUUCCCGAGACAGGAUGUGGACAAUAAGUCUAAGUAGGUAAACUGGAAUUGUCUUUGAUGGUCCAUCUGUCUUGGGUGAUCUUGUGUCACCUCACAUCAUCAUUGUAAGAUAGUCUCUCAUAUCAAUAGAAACUGGAGAGUUACAGAACAAACCAGGCAGUUUAAUGGACAAACUUUUAUUUCUCUCAGUGGUUUGAGCAGUUUUCUGUAGAGUGUUAAAAGCAGUUUGAUAUUGUAUUGUUUGGAACACUUGUCACAAAAAAUUAUUAGAUGCUGAACUGAAACUGAAACCAGUCAUGACUUGGUCACCCUAGUUCUCCUCAGUUUGAAGUUAUUUACAUAUUAUCUGAUUUUCCUCAAAUUCUAAUUAAAUUAUUGUGAUAUUUAACUUUGCUCUAAUUGGCUGCUGUGGUUAGGUUUAGCAUUUACCCUCAUUUGAAAACAUUGUAGUAUACCGCAACGGUGUUUGUAAAGUAGUUUUGAGUGAAAGGAAGGAAAGAAAUGAUAUCUUUGUUUUCAACAGA